AUGAGCAGAGUUCAACCAUUUCAGUUUGAACCCUCGUGUCCUCCUUGCAAAGAACCAAUCGAUCAGGAAGAGAGCGAGUCAGGUGAUACAAAUCAACAAGAUGCAAGAGGAAGAAUCGAAUGGUGCUCUUGUAAAAAGUGCGAGGCAAUGGCAACUGAGGAAGACUGUUUUUGUUGCCAAGAACUGGCAGAACUGAAUCAAAAGUUCGAUGAAUCAGGUUUGUUUCGCGGUCAAAAGGAUUAUUAUUUGUUUUUGUUCGUCAGGAAUUGGAUGUAUUACGGAGCACGCCAAAUUCAGGAUUGUUUGCCUUGAUACUGAAGUGUUAAAUACUGCUCUCGUGGCAAUUCACAACAUACGCUGUAAUUCCUUGCUGGAUCUCAUUGAGAACAGGUGAGUUGUCGCUUUUGUUUUUUUUUUUGGGCCCGAAGGAUCGUACCAACAAGCAUGUAUUCUGUACUGUAUCAAAUAUUUUCUAUUUAAGCUUAUUGUGCUUUUUCAAUUUUCCUAGAACUUGGCGCUUAGCAGCUUAUCGCCAGUUUACAUGGUGGGCACAUGGCGCCUUAGGAAAAAAAAUCGGCGAGUGA